CUCAUGUUCAAUGCUUUCCGGUUAUCAGCAUGAGCACCGAAUGCAGCAGCUACUUCAACACCGGCAACAAUUUGGUGGAUGCGUUCACCUGCCCUAAACCUGGAAAUGCCGCCGCUCGUUUCUGUUGUGGAUUUAAUGACUUGAAGUACUGCUGUGAUGACCCUAACAGCUUUUAUCCACAUGACUAUGCUUACAUGUGGUGGCUGAGUAUUUUGGCUCUUGCUGGCCUGUCUUUUGCAGCAGUGGUCCUUCUAGCUUUCCUCAUAACAGUCUGUGUUCUUUGCUACCUCUUUAUUGCUACCAAACCGAGUCGCCCUGACAACAACAUACCCUUAAGAGCACCUGCAGGCGACCCUCAGGAAGGAUCCAGCUUGACAGGAGCAGUCUGUACAUCUGGUCCGCAGGGAUUCCGAAAACACUUCAAGAGCAGCAAAUUACAUUCUGAUAACCAGCCUCCUGACCCGACGCGUCUGUUCCAGAGAUGUUUUAUAGCAAAUCUUACAGACGUGAGAGUGGAGAAUCCCUCGUAAAAUCCUUAAAGUGGCUCCACUUGACCAACACACAGACUGCUUGAUUGAGAAUAGAAGAUCUUGAUGUGGACAAGGAAAAAACCUAGGAGGAUUUUUGUUGUUGAGUAUUGUUCAGUAUUGUCCACAGCACAUUUAUUUGGAGUAGUGGUGUGCUGGAGCCCUGGAGUUCCAAGUCAUUAUCUUUUUGGAAAGUCAAGUAACAGAUUAUGUACAGUCAAGUUGACUUUUUAAAGCACCUGCAGUACCUGGUCUUCAUGAUGAGAGAUGAGUGUUAGAUAUGACACGUUUACAACAAUGACAUGGGUGCCUCAGACCUGUUCCACAUCAAAUAAUUAUUGUACUGACUGGGAUAGCAGCAAAUUUAAAUUAAUUAAUUAAUUAAUUAAUUAAUUAAUUAAUUAAUUUAAAUCAAAUUGCAUUUAGGUCACUUUCAUGUUGUAAAUAACAGGUGCUUUCUGCCUAUUUUUCGUCAGUGAGCCGGUCUAAUUUCAUCUGUCAGACAACAGUUCCGUCUGUCCUGUCUAGUG